UCAUUAAAAUUGUUUUACAGUAUUUAAUAGCUCCUUUUGGUAAUUAUGGCUGACAAAAUGGAAAUUGAUGACUCGUUAUAUAGCAGGCAACGCUAUAUGUUGGGUGAUAAUGCAAUGAAGAGAAUGGCAUCAGCGAAUGUACUUUUAUUAGGAUGUGAUUGUCUUGGCGUAGAAGUUGCAAAAAAUUUGGUUCUCACUGGAAUAGGGAAAUUGUAUGUGGCCGAUAGUUCACUUGUUACAAAACGGGAUGUCAGAAAUAAUUUUUAUGUCAGUCAGUCGGAUUUGAAAAAUAAGAAAACGAGAGCAAAAGCUUGUGUGCCCCGCUUGGCAGAACUUAAUCCUUACGUCCAAGUCGAAGUUUCAACUUCGGAUGUCCAUAUUGAAAAUGCUGCAUUGGGUGAUGCUGAUUCUCACAAAGAGUUUACAAAAUUUCUCGAAAAUAUUGAUUGCAUAAUCGCAACCCAACGUAGUCUGCCUCAUCAAAAGUAUCUCGAUAAAUUGAGUUGUAAUUUGAUGGGUCAGUUAAAAUUUGUAAGUUGCAAUGUUUAUGGUCUAUUUUCAUCAUUGUUCUGCAACUUUGGGAAAAAUUUCGAGAUUCUUGAUUCGAGAGGAGAAACUUUGAAGGAAAUGUUUGUGGGAGAUAUUACUAGAAACAGUAAAGGCACUGUAACGUGCUUAGAGGAUCAGUUACAUGGAUUGGAAGAUGGUGACAGUGUUUCUUUUUCUGAAGUUGAAGGAAUGGUGGAACUAAAUGGACAAACUCGAGAAGUACGGGUCGUGUCACCAUAUAAAUUCACAAUUGGGGAUACAAGUGAAUAUUCACAGUACAAAGGUGGUGGUUUGGUAAAAGAAAAAACAAAAAAAUCUACGAUAUCCCAUCAAUCUUUAGAUGAACAACUCUUAAAGCCUGACAUAUUGUUGACGGAUUUUGGGAAGAUGGAUAACCCUGCUAUUUCCCAUGCAGCAUUCUCAGCUCUUAACUCAUUUGUAGAAUCCAAUGGUAAUUUACCAAAGCUAUGGAACAAAAAUGAUGCUGAAGCAUUGUUUACAUUAUUCACCAAUACAGUGAAUCAGUUUCAAAUUGAUAUUCCAAAUGAUGAAAAUGCCAAGAAAGUUGUUCAAUUACUUUCUUUUACUUGUAGAGGAGCAUUAUCGCCUCUCGCAACUGCGAUUGGUGGUAUUGCAGCACAAGAGGUUUUGAAGGCUUUAACUGGUAAAUACACCCCAUUAAAGCAAUGGUUGUAUUUAGAUGCAACUGAGCUGGCUUUUAAUCUUCAUCUCACACCCGAACAAAUGCAGGAAUCAGAUGAUUUAAGUGAUGUGAAAGCAUGUUUGGGUGAAACAGUGGAAGCACGUUUAGCGAAGUUAAACAUAUUUAUGGUUGGAUGUGGAGCGAUUGGUUGUGAAAUGUUAAAAAACUUUGCUUUGUUGGGAGUUUCAACUGAAAAUGGGAAAGCUGUGAUUACAGACAAUGACGUCAUUGAAAAGUCAAACUUGAAUCGUCAAUUUCUAUUUCAUAGUCGCCAUGUAGGACAAUCCAAAAGCUCUGCAGCUUCUUUGUCAGUGAAGGAAAUAAAUCCUGACAUAAAAAUUGAGCCUUUGCAAUACAAAGUUCAACCCGAUUCAGAAAAUGUCUUUAAUGAUGCCUUUUUUGAAAGUCAGGAUAUCGUAGUCAACGCUUUGGAUAAUGUGGCAGCAAGAAGGUACAUGGAUACAAGAUGUGUUGCAAAUCAACGUCCUUUAUUGGAAUCUGGGACAAUGGGACCGAAAGGUCAUGUGCAAAUUAUAACUCCUUUUGUAACGGAAAGUUAUGGAUCACAGCAGGAUCCAGCAGAUGUUGAAUUUCCUUUUUGUACGUUGAAAUCAUUCCCUUCAAACAUUCAGCAUACAAUACAAUGGGCUAGAGACAAAUUUGAAGUUAUGUUUAAACAAAAACCAAUGACGUACAACAAUUUUUGGGAAGGGUGUCAAGUACGUGAAAACGGAAACAAAGAUAACAUCAUGGAAUUGGUCAACAAGUGUUUAAUGUCAGGAAAUAAUUUAAGAGAUGCCUCUGUCACCUUAAGACUGCUAUCUGAAGCACCAACAACUUGGUUUGAUUGUGUCGGUUAUGCAAGACGAAAGUUUGAGAAGUUGUUUAAUCACAAAGCAAAAGAUUUAUUAAAAGCCUUUCCAUUGGAUACUAUGCUGCAAGAUGGAUCACCUUUCUGGUCAUUACCUAAACGUCCACCUACCCCGAUUAUCUUCAAUCUCGAAGACUCAUUCCAUAUGCAGUUCGUCAUUAGUACAGCAUCAUUAAUUGCUGCUAUAUAUCGUGUGCAACGUCCCAUUAGUCAAGAAGAGAUUACCAAGAGCAUUGCCGAUGCUAUUGAAAAAACAGUGGUGCCUGAUUGGGUACCAAGUACAAAGGAAGUUGUAGUCGAUGAGAAAGCCCCAGCACCAACUAAGACAGAGGAAAAUUCACCCGAAGAUUUAAGUCAAAAGCUUAUGCUUACUGCUAAAACACAUAGUGAUUUCACUUUCAAGCUAUACCCAGAAGAUUUUGAAAAAGAUGAUGAUUCGAACUACCAUAUUGAUUUCAUUUCUUCUGCUGCCAAUCUAAGAGCUAAAAUGUAUGGCAUUGAAAAUGUGGAUCGUCUCGAAAUAAAGCGAAUAGCAGGUCGUAUCAUACCAGCUAUAUCUACCACCACUACUGCAGUUUCAGGUUUUGCGACCAUACAGUUUCUGCAAUUGGUAAUACAGCUCAUUAAUAAUGAAAAAAAUGGAACGAACUGGUCAAAUUGUGCUUCAAAUAUUGAAACAGAAUUGUCUAAAUAUCGUAAUUGCUUUUUAAACCUUGCAUUACCGCUUGUGUUAUUCAGUGAACCAGCUGCUGCUCAAAAAACAAAAUUAACUAAAGAUCUCUCCUUCAGUGUUUGGGAUCGAUGGGAGAUUCGUGGCAACAAGGAUUUCAAACUAAAAGAUUUCAUACAGCAUUUCCACGCGAAAUAUAAUCUCACAAUUUCAGCAGUUGUACAUGGCUCAAGAAUGAUUUAUAUACCAAUCAUGCCUGGUCAUUCAAAAAGAUUGGAUCACCUUAUGACAAAGCUCAUUAAAAUUGGAGACAAAAAUACACUUUAUGUUGAUCUGACGGCAACAUUUGAAAAUCCGAGUGAUGAUUCAGAUGAUUUGUCAUGCCCACCUAUCAGAUACUAUUUCUAAUUUCCAUCCUGUUGAGUGUUAUUGCAAUUUUUGUGUUCCACAAUUCAAGCUAUUCUAUUCUGCACUAUAUAUAUAUUGUAUGAUUUUCAAAUAUUGUUUUUUAAUAGUAUAAUUGUUUUAAUAUUAUACUCGUCGAUUAGUGUCAUUGUUAUAUUAUAGACUGUAAACACCAGUGAUAUUUAAAAGAUUUAAUUGACUUCUUUAUAGUUUUCAUACACACAUAAGUUUUGGUAUUCCAUGUAAUUUUGCAUAAAGAAAAAUACUGAUUUACAAUAUUUGAUAAUCGAUAUUAGUGACUUCGAAGAAAGAUCAAAACCAAGAUUUUAAAUUAGACUGCCGAUUGCCUUUGGUGUAUGUAUUGGUGGUCAAAAUUGAUUUGCCUCAUUUGAAUAUAUACAAAUCGGACCAAUAUUUGUAUGGUCAACUGUAGUGGUUUUUGAGAAUGCAAUAUGAAAAAAUUAUCAUUCCCAAUAAUACAAAUGUUGAUUGAAUAACUCUUAGCUGCGGAAAGAUUGUGGAUAAGUAGCCACCUUAUUGUGAAAUGAAACAUAUGCAAGUUCAAAUAAACAGCCAAGCUCUAUAUGGAUUUGGCUUGAUGAUAUCACAUCCUGGGAUUAAUAUGUGGUGAACUUUAGCAGAUCCUAUGAUAAAUCUGUUAUUCAUAUAAUUGUUCUUGCUGUCCAGUGUCUUCAUUGCAGUUAUUUGUGUUAAUUUAUGCUUGCUGUCAUGCAAAUCGAUCACUGUACUUACUUGUGUUUAUCAUGGCUCAUAUUAGGUGUGUUUGCAUUUAUCAUCCAUGUUUAUAAGUCACGAUUAGAAAAUUAUUUUUUUGUAUGCUUAUAUCAAGUUCAAGAAUUUUUAUUUCGACUUGACACGUUUUCCAAUUACCAGCUGAUUAUUUUUUGUCCAAUUCAGCAUUUAUCAAAAAGUGAAUUAUGCGUUGAACAAUUGUUGAAUAAAUAAUGUGCAUUUUAUGAUUGUUUGCACAAGUCUGAGAAUGUA